AUGCUGCAAUAUCUCAUUCCCAAAUUGCACUUGCGGUAUUCAUUCGGGCUCCACAUUUCCAAGUUUGGUAUCAAUCUCCGAUCAUUGAACCUUACUUCUUUCGCCUCAUCUGAUUCUCAGCUCCUUACCACCUCAUAUUUGAUUAUGACGGAGCGCCCCUCUAAGCGGGCAAGAAUCUCUACGGAUCCACUCAAAGAUUGUGACAGUUCGGCAAGUGGCAUCUCGACCCCACUUGAAUCCCUGCAAAGGUCCAUUUCACCGCCGACGCGGACACGCUCCGGGCAACCCUUGGAACCGAUCUCAGUGUGUCCUGCGAUUCCUGGUGAUCAGGAUGACGGACUCCCAGCAAAUAAAAUUUAUUCUUCUCGUUUGAUUUCUUCACCCUUCCAGCUCACUCAUAUCCAAGGCCUCCCGGACAAAGGAGGCUUCAAUGAGGGCACAGUUGAACUACGCGACAUUCUUGGGGACCCCAUGAUCAAGGAGUGCUGGCAAUUUAACUACUGCUUUGAUGUGGAUUUUUUGAUGUCCAACUUUGAUCAGGAUGUCAGAGGUCUCGUUCAAGUCAAAAUUGUUCAUGGAUCCUGGGAGCGGGAAUCCAUGAAUAAGAUUCGGAUAGAUGAAGCAUGCACUCGGUAUCCGAAUGUCGAGGCUAUUACAGCCUAUAUGCCUGAACGUUUCGGGACUCAUCAUUCUAAAAUGAUGAUUCUUCUCCGGCAUGAUGAUCUAGCCCAGGUUGUCAUCCACACUGCCAACAUGAUCCCACAAGACUGGACGAAUAUGACCCAAGCGGUUUGGCAAUCUCCUUUGCUGUCUCUGUUGAGCCUAGGGGCCUUAUCUUCUCCCUCGGAAACUACAUCUCUGGGCACCGGUACACGAUUCAAAAAAGACUUGCUUACAUACCUGAGAGCGUAUGGCUCCAAGAAAACGGGCCCCCUAGUGCAGCAGCUAAACCAGUAUGACUUUGGUGCGAUACGUGCGGCUCUUAUUGCAAGUGUACCUUCAAAGCAAAGUCUUAUUGAUCUCGAUUCCGGAAAUACAACAUUAUGGGGCUGGCCUGCGUUGAAGAAUCUGAUGGGCCAAGUUCCCGUGAGACAAACCAAAGAAGAAAAGGAUCGCCAAGUCGGUCAUAUUGCGAUACAGGUCUCGUCGAUAGCCUCUCUCGGCCAAUCAGACAAAUGGCUAAAAGAGUUUUUCAAAGCUCUUGCACCAUCAUCCGAUCCCCCACCAAAAUACUCGAUUAUAUGGCCAACAACGGAAGAAGUUUUUCGUUCUCUGGAUGGGUAUGCAUCUGGCGGUUCAAUCCACAUGAAAACUCAAAGCGCAGCUCAUCAGAAACAACUACAAUAUUUACGCCCACAUCUAUGUCAAUGGGCCGGUGCCUCAAAAGUCAUUGACCUCUCUGAAGACAAGCCGAACCGCGAGGCUGGCCGCGGUAAAGCUGCACCGCACAUCAAAACAUACAUUCGAUUUCAUGACGAGAAGAUGGAAACCAUUGACUGGGCCAUGGUGACAUCUGCCAAUCUAUCCACGCAGGCCUGGGGUGCAGUCCCAAACGCAAGUGGCGAAGUGAGAAUAUCAAGUUUUGAGAUUGGCGUUGUUGUUUGGCCUGAACUAUACAACGACUCUCACUCCAUGGAUUCUGCGCAUACUACGACACCUUCGGAUGUAUUGAUGAUGCCUUGUUUCAAGCGGAACCAGCCUGAUCCGGCUACCUUGGCUCCGGGUGUUGCUACUGUAGUUGGACUGCGCAUGCCUUAUGAUCUUCCCCUUACUCCGUACCGACCUUCAGAUGAACCAUGGUCCGCGGCAAUUCUUCAGCGCAUGGCGGCAGACUGGGGUCUCGGGGUAUGA